AUGAACGCAUCUACGUAGCUAUAACAGCUGUCUAUUUAUUACCUGUUUCUUUUCGUUGAUAAACUAUUGAACACAUGGCAAUGUGUGCUGAACUCCACGUGCUAUUCGGCCCUCACUUCUCUCGUUAUAAGCGAUAAUAUGGAAUAGCACGACCCGUAAGUAAAAUCUAGACCAGCGCUUCAUUCAGCUUCACACUAAAACAACAAAUAGCCCGCGUGUGUGAACUCGAGGCACAGCACCGCAAGGCAGAGGUCAACGUACGGAUCGAGGCUGUAUGAGAUUUCCAUCUACUUUGUAAUUGUGCAAUUAUCUUAACCCGCGAAACUUGGCUGGUGUGGAAACCUACUUUUACGAUAUAGUCUGUUGUGAAACGUAACUAAGUUAAACCACGUAUUUAAAAGGCAUUAGCAUUCUGAUACUAGGACUGCUGGAGAACAGGAGCCAGCAGCUAGAUCGCAACGUUUACGGUAGUAGAUAAGACUAUUUACAACCUUAUUCUGAUAGUUUGACAUACUUGUGAGUUACAUGCUGCAGUCAGUCCCGAAGAAGCGGUAGAUACGAUAACAUGGACGAAGAAAAGAAAUACAGUUUUCAGACUGGAGAAAGGAACACAUUCGGGGUGGUGGAUUAUGUCUUGUUCGGCCUCCUUCUCUGUGUGUCUGCUGGCAUUGGUAUGUUCUACGCCAUCAAAGACAGAAGAAGACAGAACAUUAAAGACUUCCUUUUGGCGGGAGGGAACAUGAGCGCCAUCCCUGUGGCCCUGUCCCUCCUGGCCAGCUUCAUGUCAGCCAUUACGUUGCUAGGGACGCCGUCGGAGAUGUACACUUAUACGACCAUGUACUGGUGGAUUGGACUGGGCUACUUCUUCACCAUCGGAGCAGCCGCUCAUAUUUAUAUGCCGGUCUUCUAUAGGCUAAGGGUUACCAGUGCAUACCAGUACCUGGAGAUGAGAUUCGGUAGUCCUACACGCUCCCUGGUAUCCAUUAUUUACGUCGUCCAGAUGGUUCUGUACAUGUCCAUUGUACUGUAUGCCCCGUCCUUGGCCAUGAAUGCUGUGACUGGGUUCACGUUAUGGGGGUCUGUGUGGGCAGUCGGACUCGUGUGUAUUUUCUACACUACCAUUGGUGGUAUGAAGGCGGUGUUAUGGACCGACACGUUCCAGGUGGGAAUUAUGCUGGCAGGUCUCGUCACCAUCCUUAUCCAGGGCUCAAUAGAAGUCGGAGGCUUCGCGAAAGCGUGGCAAUAUUCAGUCGAGAGUGGCAGAAUUAUGUUCGACGA